UAUCGUAUUCUUGUGUCGACAAGGUUUACCGUGCGUUUGUUACUGUGCGCCAGGCAACCGUGAGCUGUCUUGUGAGAAUGAGUUGUUCAGGAAGCUAGGCUACAUGUAUAUAAAUGUCAGAAGUUUUAUUGAAUAUGUUGAAGAUGUAUUUGGCUUUGUUGCUGUGCUUUAUCAUCUCUGUGUCAGCACAAGUUCCUCCUUAUACUGAGACCUGUGUACAUGGAACAUAUCCUCCCAAGCCAGAUCGCAGAGUGCCAGAGUAUAUAAUCAACCUUGACCUUCCACCUUCACAAAGAUGGAACCAGUUGGCAUUUGAUAAAAGAAAUGAGAUUAGGAGCAUCAUUGGUGCUUUCAAAGGUUUCCUUGAUGACUUUGGACUUUUACCUAAAGAAGUGAUUUACCUUUUAGAUUUACUAGGACCAGCGCUUGUUGACACUUUACCACAGCCAUUCCGGGAUGAAAUCAGAGGGAUAUCAAAUGCUACUGGCAUUGAAAUAGGGGAAAUUACUCUGUACAAUAUAUUUUAUGAACUAUUUACUGUGUGCACAUCUGUGAUCGCUGAAAGUCCAACUGGAAAACUCUACCAUGCUAGAAAUCUGGACUUCGGGCUUUUUAUGGGAUGGGAUAUUAAGAACAGGACCUGGUAUAUCACAGAGAAGUUACGACCUGCUAUUGUGAACCUGAACUGGCAGAGGGGAGGUAAAACCGUGUUCAAGUCUGUUAACUAUGCUGGAUAUUUGGGUAUAUUGACAGGAGUUUCGCCUGGAAAGUUUACUCUAUCAAUGAAUGAAAGGUUCAAGUUGGAUGGAGGCUAUAUAGGAAUUAUAGACCUUAUACUUACUGGUAAAGGGACGUGGAUGGGGUUCCUCACACGGAACACGAUGGAGACAGCACAAAGUUUCAGUGAAGCCAAGAACAUGUUGACAUCUAAACAGAUGAUUGCCCCUGCUUACUUCAUACUUGGAGGAAAUCAGUCUCAAGAGGCAUGUGUUAUAACACGUAACAGAGAGUUGAAUGGUACAGAUAUCUGGCAGAUGGCAGAUGCAGGUGGCUGGUAUAUUUUAGAAACAAACUACGAUCAUUGGGCGGCACCGCUAUUUGUAGAUGAUAGAAGAACACCAGCAAAUAAGUGUAUGAGAAAUAUGAAACAGAAGGGAGCAGGUAUAGCUGGAUUAUUUGAUGUUCUGUCUUCUAAACCAGUUCUGAACAAGCUGACUACAUACACAGCCUUAAUGCAGGUGAAUUCUGGACAUCUUGAGACAUGGUUACAAUAUUGCGAGGAUCCGUGUGUACCCUGGUAACAAUGGAAACCAUCUGUGGUCAUGGAAACAACACUGAUUAUAUAUGCAUUUGUAUUUCUGUAGCAGUAAUGCCAUAUGUAUUCUCAGGGUAAAAUUCACUCAUUAAAUGACUGAGAGUUUUCCCCCUUAAUAUCUUACUUUUGAAUCUCAUUUAAGCAAUAGUGAAUACCAGUAUAACUGGAUCUUUAACCGUUGCUAAUGAUUACAUUACUGGGAUAUUAUUACUACUGUCAUUCCAGCCCAUUAUUAUACCAGCAUGAACAUUGUUUUACAUGUCUGUAAUGACCAGGCAGGAUGGAAGUUACUCAGAUUUUGCUGGUAUUUUUAGGUCUAAUACAAUUAGGUUAUUAUAAUAGUAGCUUGAUCUGGGAUGCUGUAUUCGGUUCAAGUGGAUUUUGCCAGAUCGGAUCUCAGAGGCCUGCAAGUGCAGAGUGUGAUCUGCCCUUGCAAAGUCCUCGAGAUCUGAAUGUAAUAUCCCAUAUCUAGCUACUAUUUAAGGACCCUUUUAACAUAUACCUCCUGGCCACCUUUUUGUUUUGAGUUUUGUUAUCGAACGAAAUCUUCAGUGUUUGUCGAUGUUAAAAGAGAAAUGUGUGAAGUUUUUGUGUGCGCUUUGUUGGGUCAUGCAUAUUAAAUGAAAGUAGUCCAGCAACAUACAAUACAAAAGGUACAAUACAGAUUUUUUUACUGCCUGUUCAUAUAGGCUUGUGAAAUAUAAGCAGUAUUUUUGACAGAAUUUAUAUAGGUAUAUAAUAAAGUGUUUUUUGCGGCAGUCACAAAAUGUCUAUACAAAGACUGAGUGUAUAUUUCCAGAAAAUGAGAUUACUUCAUCGAGAUGUAUUUGAUUACAAACAUUUUAAAGUGAUCAUGUAAUAAUAAGUCGUGGCAAACUUUUCACAGUAGCUUUGUAAUAACUGCUCGAUCUUUUGUCAGUCUGCUGUCACCCCCUAGUAAUAUGAAAGUUAUUGAAUGUAUAAAACACAUGCCUAUUAACAGGAUAUUAAUAUUAUCUGAUAAGAGUUAUUUGUCUUGGAUAUUUUCAUUGUGAUGCAAUUUAUAAAGUUGAUAUUCUUUUGAAUAGACUUUGAUCAGUAUAUCAUAUGCAUUUUAAAUUUACUAUUCUCAUGCUUUGAUAUAAUAAAUUUGUACUAACCUAUCAUGGUUUCUAAAGUAGCUUAUCUUUUUAUGGCCCCUGUAGGUGGGCAUAUUAAAAUCACACUGUCCAUCUGUGCGUCCAUCCGCCCAUAUGUACAUCGGUGUAAAUUCUUGUCCAAGCUGUAACUCUGCCAUCCAUGAAGGGAUUUUAAAUUAACAUGGCAUAAAUGUUUACCAUAAUGAGACGAUAUGUCGUGGGCAAUACCAGACCCCUAGCUCUAAGGUCAAGACAUAGAAGUCAAAGGUUAACAGGGUCUGUUUUGUGUCCGGUUCAAAACUCUGCUACCGAUGAAGAGGUCUUAAAAUUACUUGGCAUAAAUGCUUGGGGCAUUUAUCACUAAUAGUGACAGCUCGUGUUUUGUAAAAGAUGGCUGCCUCAAUACUAUGAUAUUUUAUUCUACUUUUACAUGUUGUACGCAAUGUGGCAGUGUAUAUAUACUAUGCAUUAGAACAAAGGGAACAGUUUUUGUCAGUAUUUCAGUAAGUCGAUGCAAUCGCAAUACCUGUUUAUGUAGUUACAGAUGUUACUAUGGAAUUGUACAUAAAGUGCAUGAUCUCAUUGCUUCUUUUCUGACCUAUAUGCACUCUGUGUAAUUUUGUCAAAUGAUAUAUCACAUGUGUAUGGGCCGGUGGCCUUAAUGUUCAAUAAACUAUUGAAUUGAAAUGAAUUGAAUUUAUAUAUUAUUGUUAGAAAUGAUGAUGUACAUGGAAGUAAAGGCAGUUGUUUGCUUUUUUGCUUUAGCGUAUGUUUUCACUGACUCUUAUAUGAAAUAUUGUUAAGUUAGAUUGUCAAUCCAAAAAUCUCAUUUCUUCUGAGAUAAUUAUACUAACUUAGAUUAUCUGUCAAUUUGCUAUCCUAAUUUCACCAGUGCUUGACUUCCACAUUUUUUAUUUUUGCUAAAUGUGUUUAUAACAGAAGUUCUUGGCUGUGUGGUUUAAGACUACUAAAUGUUUCCAGACAAGUGGUUUGAGACUGCUAAAUGUUUCCAUAAAAGAUGUCCAUUGCUGAAUGGUUAGUGUCAUCUCUUUGUCACCAAAGUCUGGGUGAAUCUAUUUAAGAGUAAAAUUGUUUUGUAAUAGAAAUGUAUCCAGCUUGUACACAUUCAAAAAUAUGUUUGUUUUGUCAUUUACAACCAGUAAAGAUGUCAAUUUAUGUCCUCACCAGUUAGAUUUACAGAAAAUUAAGGUCAGAAAUAAAUGUUUUGUGGAAUUAGGUAGUCUUAUGAUAUUUUUAUAUGUAAAGCCAUUGUUAACAACAACAUCCCAGAUGUGAUCACAAGGGUUAUUAAUAGGGUCUGAAUGCUUGGUUUUCCUAUAUCUCUGUGAUUCAAGCAGGUAUAAAAGUAAAUUACAGUUGAUUCACUCGUUGUAUUUGUUAAAACAUAUUAUUGUUCAUGAAUUGUGGAAAUAUACUUCGUGUCAUUGAAAAGUUACCACUUAAUAUAUACCUCUUUACCUGUUUAUACAAUAUCAACGUCACUUUUUCAUGGCCUGUGCGCGGUCUAUUACUCAUAGACCCUGUCUGAUCAUGUCUCCUAACCCAUUUCAUGACUGUCGGGUGAGAACAGCAGCAAGUGCGAUGAAUGAUUUGCGAUAGAAUUUUUGUACAUGUCGACAUCGCUGGAAAAGUCAUUUUGCACGUGCAGCCCGUGCCUCAAAUGGAGAUUAUCGAAUUUGACAAAUCUUUACACCAGUGACGUCUCAGUUGCGUCAAAAAUGUAGUCGUGUUAUGCUUUUAACACAGUCCAGUGCGAUUUUGAAAAUAUAAGGGUCAUUAGGGUGGUAACUUUUCAGUGACGCUGAGUUAUUUCUUUUACAAACGUCACCAGCGGUAGAAGUAACUUAGUGCGUGCUGUAGAUAUGUUAUGAAGGUUUUUCCAUGUAAACGUGUUGAUAUUUAUGGAGAACUACUUUUCAUUGAUUCCAAAGUUUUGUCACUUUAGUUAAUUAAUUCUGACUUCCUGGAAGUCCACUUGAAAUGUUUCAUAGUAUCAGAACAAGACCGGAGGAGUGAAAAUGCAAGAGGUCUAGUAAUUCUUUAUCUACAUUUAUUAAAACCUCUUUCACAUUUUGUUCACUCUCAGAGGAAACUGGUAGAUCUAUUGCAUAAUUAUAUAAUAAAUGAUGUUUGUUAAUAGUUUCAGAAGCAUCUCAGACUAACCUUGUUCAAAUUUACAUAACUAGGAUACUCUGCAAAAUCAUAUGUCAGUAUGUAAUGUCUCGGUGAAAAUAUUAUAUGUCUGUUCAAGGCAGUGUUCAUAUUUGUUGUACUGCAUUUGUUACAAGCUUUUCUUUAAUAUCUGUUAAUGCUUUCUUUUAUAUGACUAUUUAUAUAAAUAAAAUUUCUAUUUUUGUUA